AUGCGAGGGGAUAUACUUACUCCCUCUGUACCGUGCAAGAGUGGUAAGGUCUGUUGUGAAAAGGGAACAACUUGUAAAUCACUAAGUGGACAGUGUAAAAAGGAAGACACAUGUCAAAGCAAAGUGUUAAGCCCCAGCAAGAAGUGCAAAGCUGGUAAGGUAUGCUGCUUAAUCCGCACCUGUCGCGACCGAGGAGGGAAGUGUAAGAAGGAAGAAAAGUGCAACGGUAGAAUCGUCAAGGUGAAGAAGCCAUGCGAGGAACCCAAAGUCUGCUGUCUAGAGGACCCAGGUACCCCUGAGCCACCGCCACCAACCACUCUUAAACCGGAGCCACCAACCACCCUCAAGCCGCCGCCACCAACCACCCUCAAGCCGCCGCCACCAACCACUCUUAACCCAGAGCCACCAACCACCCCUAAGCCUCCGCCACCAACUACACUUAACCCAGAGCCACCAACCGCCCCUAACUCUCCGCCACCAACCACUCUUAACCCAGAGCCACCAACCACCCCUAAGCCUCCGCCACCAACUACACUUAACCCAGAGCCACCAACCGCCCCUAACUCUCCGCCACCAACCACUCUUAACCCAGAGCCACCAACCACCCCUAAGCCUCCGCCACCAACCACACUUAACCCAGAGCCACCAACCGCCCCUAACUCUCCGCCACCAACCACUCUCCAGAGCCACCAACCACCCCUAAAGCCACCAACCACCCCUAAGCCUCCGCCACCAACCACACUUAACCCAGAGCCACCAACCGCCCCAACUCUCCCACCAACCACUCUUAACCCAGAGCCACCAACCACCCCUAAGCCUCCACCACCAACCACUCUUAACCCAGAGCCACCAACCACCCCUAAGCCUCCACCACCAACCACUCUUCCAGAGCCUAAGCCGACGCCACCAACCACUCUUAAACCGGAGCCACAACCACAAACGACAAUAGCAGAUACAACUACUGCAGAUGCAACAACUAUUGCAGACACAACAUCGACUGCAGAUAAAACAACGACUACAGAUAUAACUACUGCAGAUACAACCACUGCAGAUAUAACUACUACAGAUACAACGACCACAGGUACAACAACGGUAGAAAUAACUACUGCAGAUACAACUACUGCAGAUAAAACCACUGUAGAUAUUACAACCACUGCAGAUAUUACAACCACUACAGAUACGAAUACUGCAGAUACAACCACUAUACACCACUGCAGAUAUACAACCACUACAGAUACAACAACGCAGGGCAGAUACAACCACUAUACAACUACUGCAGAUAAAACAACGACUCCUGAUACAACAACAACGGCCAUCACAACUACAACCAUACCUACCACCACUCUUGCCUUCAACGUAACUGCAAGGCUUCUAGAGCUCGCAACCAUCGACCCUUCCCUGGGGGCUCUGGAAGCGGCCCUGGACGAGGCCAGCGACAGACUCGGCACCAUCGACAGCACCGGCCGAAGGAGAGUUCGGAGGCAAGCCGCUGGCGAGCCAGCAACCACGGAUGUCACCACAACUGAUAUCACUACAACCGGUGAAACUACAACGGAUGUCACUUCAACCGAUGCCACUACGGCUGAUUCCACAGCAACGGGUUCCACGCCUGAAAUAACCACAACCGAUUCUGCCACAACUGGCUCUACAACCUCCGCCCCCAGCACGACACCGCCUCAGGACCGCAUCGACGCCGAAGACUUGCUGACCAGGUACAUCCAGUUCCUCAGCGACGCCACAGCCCCUGUCGACGACGAAAACGCUGACCAAAUAGACAGCGGCACCGUCAGCGCCAACAGCUUCAUCGAAGAGUUCGACGACCUGAUCGACCUGAUCGCGCAGACGGGGAAGAGGAUCACGGACGGAACCAGGGCGCUGCUGCCACGAGCCCGAGACGACACGCAGGAGCUGCUGGACAGGAUCAAAGACCUCCGCAUAGCUAUCCGAGAGGAACUUGAGCGGCUGAAUCCUCGCUGA